GAACUCAAUAGACGCCAUAACGCUUCUACAUGCAAGCUCAGAGUUUGGACACCUUGCUAGUUCCGACACUGAAAAGGCAUAAAUCUUCCAGGUUACACACCCACAGGGUAUAGGCUCCAGCGACACACUGUGAAGCAAGACGAGCCAUUCCGUCAUUCAAUACCGGCAAACCAAAGCAAAUACAACCAUGAAUGAUUCAGUUUGUAACCGAGUUGUUGUCGAUCCCCCUCGUAUCUAAGUUGCCGUGUUCGCCCUGGUCGCUCAUCAUGUCGCUUUCGCUUUCGACUUCAUCUUCAAACCUGCCUCAAGCAUUUGAUUUGAAUAUCACAAACGCCAGCCUCAACUCUUACCCACCAUCUUCUCCCUCGACAACUUUACAAGCAAACCUCUCAGCAGCGAUGAUGCUUCUCCCGCUCGUCCUUGGCGGCACGUUGUUGUCGGCCGACGUGGGUUUGUCCCAGAGUAUUCCAGAACAGGCUCAGGUCAUUGAUCAGAAGGCAUUAAAUGUCCUCGAGACGGUAGAGCCUCCUUCUGUGGUGAAUCUAACCAAUGUCUUUCUUCCCCCAGGGCUGUCUGAGCAAAAUGCUACAGCUAAACCAUUUCAUGUAUACAAUGAUGGCUUUUAUGACAUUCUGGGACCAGAUCCGACAUUGACCGUCAUUGGCAGCACAGGUGGUGACCCACUCUUUCACGAGGCUGUCGUCUGGUAUCCUCCGACAGAUGAAAUGUUCUUCGUGCAAAAUGCCGGGGCAGAGGCCGCAGGGACGGGGUUGAAUAAGUCGAAUUCGAUUUACAAAAUCUCACUGGCUCAAGCUGCGGCCGUGUCUAACCAGUUUAACGCAUCUGGCAGUGUCAACAUCACUCAUGUCAAUGCCACUCCACCAGUGAUUAAUUCCAACGGUGCAACGAAUUACCGUGGUCAGAUCCUCUUCACGGGUGAAGGUCAAGGAAAUGAUACGCCGCCAUCUCUCUUCAUCAUGAAUCCGGUCGAGCCAUACAACACCACUGUCCUUUUGAACAAUUUCUUUGGUCGUCAAUUCAAUUCGCUCAACGAUGUGGCCAUCAAUCCCCGUAACGGCGACGUCUAUUUCACAGAUACCCUAUAUGGCUAUCUGCAGGACUUUCGUCCUCCGCCGGCCUUGCCGAAUAUGGUUUAUCGCUUGACACCUUCCACUGGCGCAUUAGUGGCUGUCGCAGAUGGAUUCGAACUGCCAAAUGGAGUGAUCUUCUCGCCAAAUGGAUCCUACGCAUACGUUACCGAUACCGGUGCGCAAGGCGCCUUUUAUGGAUACAACUUCUCUGCACCGGCAUCUAUCUAUCGCUUCACAGUUGAAGAAGAUGGAACCUGGAGUAACCGCAAACUGUUCAGCUACGUCUCCCCAGGGAUUCCUGAUGGUAUCCAUUGCGACACAAACGGUAAUGUCUACUCCGGCGUGGGAGAUGGAGUACAUGUCUGGAACCCUUCUGGGGUCUUGUUGGGAAAGAUCUUCGUCGGCUCAACUUCAGCAAAUUUCAAUUUUGCCGGAAAAGGUCGAAUGGUGAUUGCAGCCGAGACACAAUUAUAUUAUGUCACUCUGGCCGCCGAGGGGGCUGUAGUUGCAAGCGAGAUGCCUCAGUAG